GUUGCACAGCUUUGACAGCAGCUGAUCUCGGCAGCUGACUGGACUUCAUGUCGUCAACCUUUAAUGUUUUUUUAUAGUUUGUCUCACAUUUUCACCUCCGCGCUUUCUUUUUUCACUACAUCUCAUUUAGCGACGUGUGAAGGAUUGUCGUAGGGAGGAGUUUGUGACGAUUAAGACAGCAGAAAGAGGAAAAAUAGCACAUCGAUAAGGAAGCGGCAAGUUAUGAUUUCACCAGCUGACAGUUGGGAGUAAUAUAAUAAGAGCUCUACAAUGUGGACAGACAAGCAAAGAGGAAUCAGAGUUUCUCAGGAGGAGCUGCUCUGCAAGAACGCCUGUGGGUAUUAUGGAAACCCUGCAUGGCAAGGUUUCUGCUCCAAGUGCUGGAGAGAGAGAGCCCGUCCAGAUGGAGCCGAGAGACAAGAUACAAGUUCAAGACCAAGCAAUGAUGGAACUCCUCUCACCUUCUCCAAAUUUGAGGAGAAGAAAAGUACAGAAAAGAGCCGUCGAAUUAACACUAUGAGGAGGCUCUUUUGGGGUAGCCCAUCACCUCCCAAACGUCAAGAGUCUUCUGAAAGCCAUGCAAAUGUGUUAAAAGCCUUCCAGAGCCUUGAGCCUGGAGACUUUACUGGUUUCCUGAAGAUACUUCGGAGCCCACCCUCCCAGCGCUUGCAGUCCCGAUGUACAGCUUUCCUCAAAACAAUGGAGGCUUACCAUGAUCUGCCGGUACAGAAACAGUCAGAUCUUGUGCAGGAUUUCUACCAGUCCUUCGCUGAAUAUUUUAGCAGUUUUUCCGAGGCACAGGUCACUCAGAUAAUGGAGCACGUGGAGAAGUUGAUAAUGACACGGUUGCAUAAAUGGGUUUUCUGUCAUGACAGCUGUGACGAUGAACAGAAAGACCUGGCUCUUCAGAGGAGGAUACGUUCAUUAAACUGGGUUACUCCGCAGAUGCUGAGUGUACCCUUUCCUGAAAAAAACACCACAGUUACAGGUGACCCCUUUCUUCCAGCUAUAACAGCCAUAAUUGAGAUGGAUGCCAAACGAGCGCCUCAGGACAAACUGGCAUGUGUGUCCAAAUGUAGUCAGCAUGUCUUCGAAGCGCUCUCCAGCUCCAGCAGUGAGCCCGCUAAUGCUGAUGACUUCCUGUCAGGCCUGAUUUAUGUGGUGCUGAAGGCCAAUCCGCCUCGUCUACACUCCAACAUGCAAUAUGUGAUUCGUUUUGGUCUCCCUCACAGUCUAAUGGCGGGAGAGAGCGGCUACUAUUUCACAAAUUUGUCUUGUGCAGUGGCCUUCAUUGAGAAACUGGAUGGACCAGCACUCAACCUCAGUCCAGAAGAGUUUGACGGCUACAUGCUGCGUCAGCCAGCUCCCUUUGCACGAAGCAAGAGGCUGAAAGUUACCACUGAAACACAACACCUAUUAGAGGAGCUGCAGGGCAGACAAGAGAAGCUGGAUCAAGGAGUGGAUGCUCUCAAUGUGCAGCUACAAAAGUGGGUGCAAACAGUUAAUUCCCAACUGGAUGAGGCCACAGCCCAGUUUGCUCUGGUGCAGAAGGAGAUAACCGCUCAAGCAGAGCACUCAGAGCACUCAUCUUCAUCUCAUGACACAGAGCAACAGGGGGAUGACACUGAAGACCAGAUGGUGCUGCUGCUUUCAGAUAAACAUGCAGGUCCUGAAGUUACAGAAUGUUAGCUAUUUAAAAAGAAACAUCUAAUCUGGUACUUGACUUUUUAAAAUCCUCAGCACUAACGUUUAUAGGUUGCAGAAGAAACACAUGUGUAUUCCAGUGCCACAUUCACACAAGUUUUAACCAUAGAAAGCUGGGAAUUUGUAAGCCAUUUGAACAUGAAGGAAAUAUUGAUAAAGGACACUUUUUCCAUUGAUAGCAUGGGGGCUUUUAAUGGCUUUAACAUAAUAAUUUGCACUUGUUUCCUAUUUGAGGAUGAAGGUCAUUACACACACAUUCCAAUUAACAGUAAUGUAUGCACAAAUAUUGAUCAGAAGUCAUAUUUAAGCACUCAGGUUACACAGCACUUAAAGAUAUUGUCUAACACUUUAAGGGUGCUUAUUUAAAAGCUUUUUCUUUUAGUGUAUGUCAAUGUGCCUUUAAAUAAACUGCUGUGAAAUGAAUACAUAUGCUAGGGGAGAAAGUGUUAGAUCGCAGUUGAUCCACUUAGACCACUACAAGUCACAGGGUGUAUUUAGUUAAAUCAGGUUUUUUGAGUUCUACGUUGCCUUCACUGUCUGUAUGAGGAGGAAAUAACUGGUGCAAAACAAUUGUAUUUAUUUUACCACCUGUAUUAGUGUGGAGUAGGUACAUGUUUUAUUGACAUCUUUGAAGAAAUUAAAGGAGUUUAUGUUAUGAUAAAAGAUUGUAUUCAAUAUUAUAUUAAAGAUUAAAUAUAUGAUUUAA